AGGGGCCCCCGCCUCGUCCCCGCACAUGUGGUCAACACUGCUUAGCGCGAGCGAGCUGGUCCGUGAGGAGCAACGCGAGCAAGUCCAAUCCGAUCCGCGCGCUUCUUUCUCGUUCUCGAACACUUUUAAUUGCCGUACCGCCGGUUGCCGCUCCCUCUCGGCGUUUCUCGCCUUCUGACGACUCGCUCAAGAAACCAGAGGCUACUCGAUGGCACCCCGGACAGUGCAUUUCAGCAGCGCGGUGCUGCUGCUGCCUAUGCUGCUGCUUCUGCUCGGCGCGGCGCUGCUGCAGGCGCGGCCCCAGCCCCAGGACGCCAGCACCAACAACAUCUUCCGCCAGGAGAUCACGGAGGACUACGGUCGGAGUGUGGUGGCCGAUCUGAUCCUGAGCGUGGCUCGGGACUGGGACCUGGGCCGUGAGGAGGCCACCGAGUUCAUCCGCGCCGUGCCGGCAGUCACGGUAAACGGCACGACGUUCGGCCCCACGACGCACCCGAUCAACGAGUCAGGCCCCAUCAGCUUCUCCGCCAGCGCCGACGAGCGGCCCGAGUAGCCCGCCCCGCCGCCUGCCCGGGCGGGAGGGUACGCCGGAGGGGCGGUCGGCUCUACCUUCAGCCUGCCUGCCAUCUCGGUCGCCCCACCCUGCCCCGGCCCGCCUGACGGUUCUCACGCACACCGCCGCCGCGGUGAUCCUCGUCAAACGGCGUACUUUCCACGUGGAAAAUAACUCUCACACACGGACACACAGUUAGAUGUGAUGGCUCCUGUGUCGGCCCUGGAUUGGGGGAAUUACCACCAUUGAUCUCGCAGUUAUUACUCGUGAUUCAAACGACUGACAGUCAGGACGUGGGCCGGUCAGUGUCCGUGGAUGCAACACGCCCGUUGGGCCAAGUUCAUUUCCGUACUGAGGUCUGCAUCUGUACUACAAGGCGUGCUACCAGUUCUCAUGACAAGCAGAUGCAGUUCUACCACGCCUUCUAUCUACCAUCACUACCAAGUGCCCACACGUCUGCGGUGCUGCGUGCCUGGUGAAAAUUGCGUUUCUGGUAUAAACGCCAAUUGCAGAAAUAAUGUGAUAUAUAAGCUUCGUACUGAUGUGUCAAUGACUGAAAGUGUGAGAGUGAGAGUGAGAAAGAUGAGAGGGAGAUACACGAUGAAGUAUUACUUAGUUGUUUAUAUGUACAUAGUACAUUAAGUGAUUAAACAGUGAUAUUAAGUUAUAUUGACAAGUAAAUUAUGAUGUUCACGGUGUGGCUUAAUUCAUAGUCUUUGUUGAACAAUAAACCACAUAAUCUCUUUUCCUAAAAA